AUGUCUGCACAAAAGAAACAGGAACAUUUAAUAUCGUCUAAAGAAUCAAGGAAUUCAGCUGGUAAAGAACAAACAUCGCAAGUUCAGAAUAUUGCUAUUAGUAGUGAAAACAGUGGUAAUAUCGUCAGCGAGAGUAAGACUGAAAUCCCUAAAGGUAAAAAUGCAAAAAAGAAAGAGUUAAUAAAAAACUUACAUAUAGAAAUGCCUGCAAAUACAGAGACUCGGCCCCAAGUUCAAACAGCUGGAGUCAUUACAUCCAAUAACCAAAUAAAUUCAGUACAUCAGUUAUUUUUAACUCAGAUAAGUCCCUUAUAUGCUGCUACUAGUUCAAAAUAUUUAGAAAACCUAUCGCAUCUUCCUCACUAUCAGUUUAUGCAAAGCCAUUUUGCAAAUGUAUUUAGAAUUCAAGAUCAAUUUGGUAGUGCACCAAAUACUCCUUUAAACCAUGUAAAUUGCCAAUUUAACCCAGGGAGCACCCCUAUCACACCUUUGAACUAUGAAGCAAGUUCUCCCAGAUUUUUGCAAAAUGUUAUGCAGCAUCCUCUGUUAAAUCAAGCAUACUCAAGGACUAACAAUUUUCAACAUAGACAAGAAUAUAGGACAUUCCUUCCAAGUCAGAGUAAUAAUGGUGGAAAACGUUUACCUACCAAGAAUAAGAACAGCAAGAAAAAAGACAAAGACAAUCAAGAUAAAAGUUUUGAACCUUAUAUAACAGCCGAAGAGGUUGAUAUUGGCCUGAAAGAAAAUAUUUUGCUUGAAGGUGCUUUAAGAAUAAAUCCUAAACAAUUUCUACACUCAUAUGUGUCAAGUAGUGAUCGCAGUGAACAAGACAUAUUUAUAGAUGGGGUUAAAAACAGAAAUCGCGCCCUUGAAGGAGAUGUUGUUGUUGUACAAAUAAUAAAUCAAAGUGAUGAUGAUAAUAAGCAGAAAAAGGGAAAAGUGGUUUACAUCAAAGAGAAAGUACAUACCAGAACCUGCAUUGGACUAUUAAAACUGAUGCCUGAUAAAAACAGACAAAAAGCAUUAUUUAUACCCAGAGAUUACAGAAUUCCAAGACUUAAUAUACCAUUCACCUGUUGGCCUGACAAUUUCUAUACAGAAGCAAAAAAUUAUGAAUGUACUCUCUUUUUAGCUAAAAUUGAAGAUUGGUUUGACACAAGGUUUGCACUUGGAAAAAUUAUUUGUAACAUUGGUCAAACAGGAGACCUUUUGACAGAAGCUAAGGCUAUUUUAGCUCAAACUGAUUUAGAUGUUACACCUUUUGGACCAGAAGUUAGAGAUCUAUAUCCACGUUUGGAUUAUGUUAUACCUGAAAAAGAAAUACACAUAAGAGAGGACUGCCGCAAUUUAUGUAUUUUUAGUAUUGACCCAGCUAAUUGUCGAGAUAUUGAUGACGCUGUUUCAUGCAAGAAGCUUGAAAAUGGAAAUUAUGAGAUUGGUGUUCAUAUUUCUGACGUUUCUCACUUUUUAAGUGAGAAUACUAUAUUAGAUGAGAAAGUUGCAGACAAAGCAACUACAAUUUAUUUAGUUGAAAAAGCUUACCAUAUGCUUCCUGAUGAUUUGUGUAUGCUAUGUUCCUUAUUUCCUGGUGUAGAUAAGCUUGCCUUUUCAGUAUUUUGGGAAAUAACAGAAGAUGCAAAAGUUUUAAACCAUAGAUUUUCUAAAACUGUCAUUCAUUCUUGUUGUCAAUUGACUUAUGAUCAUGCACAAGCCAUAUUAGAUGACAAAAAAGAUGCUGAAGAAAUCUUUCCUGAAUUAUACAAUGGAUUUCAGUACAAAGAUGUAUAUGAGACAGUGAAAGUUCUAGGAAAGAUGUCAUCUAUAUUCAGAAAGUCCAGAUUUGAAAAUGGUGCACUUCGUAUUGAUCAACCCAAAGUUUAUUUCCAUUUAAAUCCUACUACUGGUCUACCAGAUGGUCUUUGGAUUUAUGAAAGUAAAGAAAGUCAUCAGCUAAUUGAAGAAUUUAUGCUACUGGCUAACAUGACUGUAGCAAAAAGAGUAUAUGAUGACCAUCCCCAAUUAGCAUUUUUGAGGUGUCAUCCGCCACCUAGUGGUUAUAUGUUGCAAGAACUAGCCAAAUCUCUUAAACCAAUGGGUAUUGAAUUAGAUGUUUCCUCUGCUGGAAAUCUAUACCAAUCAUUAUUGCCACAUGUCGGCCCUGAUAAUACAGACAAAGGAAAAGCUAUGGUUCUUAAUAUGCUAUGUGCCAAACCAAUGACAAGAGCUAAAUAUUUUUGUGCCAGUGGAUGUGAAGAUGAUGACUUCCAUCACUAUGCCCUUAAUGUUCCUCUUUAUACCCAUUUCACAAGUCCUAUUCGACGAUAUGCAGAUAUUAUGGUUCACAGGCUUUUAUCUGCAAGCUUAAAUUACAAAGAAGUUCCUAAAUGGGAAGUUGACAAAGUACGAAUGAUAGCCGCACAGUGUAAUAAACAAAAAUAUAAUGCCAAAAGAGCAAGUGAACUAUCUACAGAGUUUUACACAUUAAAAUAUAUAGAAAAGAACUCACCAUAUGUGACUGAUGCUGUUGUUGUUGAAGUUAGAGAAAAAUACAUUGAUGUCAUCAUAGUGGCUAUGAGUUUGAACAGAAGAAUUUUCUUUAACAAUGAUUUCCCAGGCGAACAUAAGUGUAUCAAGAAUGAGGCUGGUACCAAGCUAUCCAAAAUGGAAUUGGUAUGGAAAGCAACAAAAAAUGCACCCUUGAUUAAGCAAGUAAUAGAAGUAUUUUCAAUAGUGAAGGUAGAAUUGAACAGGGAUGAAGAUAUGGUGAAAGUGGAUACAAAACUUGUAAGACCUAUUUAA